AUGCAGUCAGCGUUGAUGGCGGGUGGGCUGACACCGGCGCUGCGGCAACUCAAGGACUGCCAGCACACCUUCCCUUCUAGCCAAUGGGACACAAGGGACAGCCAGGGAGCGCCUCGGCAUGGCCAAGGAUGCCUCACGUGCAAUGUGAGGCAUGGUCCCCGACCAGAGCGCCCAAGGGAGCUAGAGCCGAACAAUGAGACGGGCACAGGCGAUUUUGAUGCUAUUCUCAAUGGCAUUGAAGGGGGGGGGCAGGUUGAAAGGCGCGGGGGGGACUCACGGCCGAAGCUUGUCCCGGGAGCAAUGCUUACCCUUUCGAACACUGCUGUUGCGGCCGUCAAGGCGUUUGCUGAGGAGGUGCUAGCCGAAGAAAACCCGGCACAGCGUGCAAAGAAGGCGUUGGCGAUCGUCAAGGAGGCGACAACAGAGGUGGCAUUUGCCAACCGGCGUAAUCAUCCUCGCACCGGAGUUCUUGUGGCCGUGGUUAGGGGUUGGUUGGCUCGGCGUCUUGCCCGCGUGCUUCUCCUCAGGGGUGGCUGCCGUCGAGAGCUUGACGUGGCCUCGGGAGCGUGGCAGUACGUGUGGAGCCACCGAGCCGCUGUCCCCGGCGCCCCCACCGCCACCGCCGGGCCCGGCAGGGCGAGCUACGCCGGUGGCGGCAGCGGCGGCGGCGGAUAUCGUUCGCCUGUGGGCGGCGGCGACGGCGGCGAGGGGUUGUUUCGGACGUGGUACCCCCCCGCGCUGCUGAAGAACGAGAGUCUGCCCAGCCCACGGGCGGCCGCGAGAAGGGUGGAGGGGGAAGGACGGAAGCGGGAGGCCCGGUUGGCUCUCGCCAACUCCUUGCUCGACGAUCAGAGAGCCGAGCUGAAUAGACGUGACGCCCGCGCGGCGCGGCUGCUUGCACUGGUGGAGGUGGUGAAGUUGGUCGAGCGUGCGAUGGCGUCCCUCGAGGACGCAGCGCUCAGCUGCUUCGGUACUGACAGUGAACCCCUUGCUAUCUCCGUCAAGGUGUUGCAUCCCCGAGGAGGGGAGCCCUGGGACGGAGCACGGGAGGCCGUCGUGACAGAGAUCAUAUCUGCGUGGCACCGCAUCGAUACUCAGGUAGGACGGGUUUUGUUUUUUCCAGCAUCUGGCCACGGAAACUGUUCGAAGGAAGCUACGAAGUCAUGA